AUGGAUUCCAAAGAAUCACCUUCCCCGGCGCUGUCCGUGCAGCUUCCAAAUGAGCCUGUGACCCAUGGUAAAGCUGACAGCCCCUUGGAGCCGAUAGCCAUAGUCGGAUUUGGAUUGCGACUACCUGGGGCAAUUCAUACCGGGGAAGAACUCUGGAAGCUUAUCACAGAGAAGCGAUCUACGCGAAGCAAGAUCCCCAAAAGUCGGUUUAAUGUGAACGGAUUCUAUAGCCCAACUGGACGAGCAGGAUCGGUCACGAUGAAACAUGGACACUUUCUCGCAGAGAGUGAUAAUCUGAAAUAUUUUGAUACUUCCUUCUUCUCGAUGAGUCUAAAGGAGGCGGACGAUGUUGACCCCCAGCAACGGAUGCUGCUCGAAGUUGUCUACGAAUGCAUGCAAUCCUCAGGUCAAGUGAACUGGCGCGGUAGCAAAAUUGGUUGUUAUGUUGGAGUCUGGGGCGAGGACUGGUUGGAUCUCCAUGCCAAGGAUAUACAGGAUGCAGGGAUGUUCCGAGUCCUUGGAGGGCACGAUCUGUCCCUCUCUAAUCGAAUAAGUUACGAAUACGAUUUGAAAGGACCCUCUUUCACCAUCAAAGCAGGGUGUUCGUCGUCCUUGAUUGCUUUGCAUGAAGCUAUCCGAGCGAUUCGUGCGGGCGAUUGUUCCGGGGCACUGGUUGCGGGUACAAAUCUUAUUUUCUCGCCCACAAUGUCCAUUGCCACGGCGGAGCAAGGUACAUUAUCACCUGACGGUUCGUGCAAAACUUUUGAUGUGGCAGCGAACGGAUAUGCCAGGGGGGAAGCCAUCAAUGUCAUCUAUGUCAAGUCCCUUGGAGAGGCGAUCAAAAAUGGCGAUGCAAUUCGUGCCGUUAUCAGGGCGACUGCGACGAAUUUCGACGGUGGAACGCCGAGAAUGGCGACGCCCAGCUCUGAUGCACAUGAGGCAUUGAUCCGUCAAGCAUAUCGAGAAGUGUCGCUCGACCCGAAGCAAACCGUUUUUGUUGAGGCUCAUGGAACAGGUACACCUGUGGGUGACCCCGUCGAAGCUGCGGCAAUCGCACGAGUCUUCGGAGGUAAUCAGGAUCCAGUCUACAUUGGAAGCGUCAAGCCGAACCUGGGCCAUAGUGAGGGCGCUUGCGGGGUAUCGUCAGUUGUGAAGGUCAUACUGGCGUUGGAGAAUAUGAGAAUUCCCCCGAGCAUAAACUUCUCGAUUCCGAACCCGAAUAUUCCCUUCAAGGAGGCUAACAUGGAGGUCCCAGUCGACGUGAUAAAAUGGCCGUCCAAUAAGCCGUUGAGAGCGAGCGUAAACUCCUUUGGUAUCGCGGGAGCAAAUGCACAUAUCAUUCUCGAGAGUGUUACACCUUUCAUGUCUCAAACUACUAUGCCCGACGCCGAUAGCCAGGACCCAAAGGCCAUCUGUGGAAGCUUAAAGUCGCUUCCCCGUCCUCGGAAGUUCAUCCACGUAAUAUCAGCAGCACACCCAGUGUCACUGACACAGAGUCUACUCAAGCAUGAACGAUAUAUCCGUUGCAAUCCAUCUUUGAUGGCGGAAAUAUCAUACACUUUGUGCAAUCGACGGGAACAUCUAGCUAACAGAGUCUACUGUGUCACCAGUGCAUCACGCGAUGCCUUGGUCUUCUCUCGCUUGACCAAAAUCAAAGAGAAACCCACGAUAACAAUGGUCUUCCCUGGUCAAGGGUCCCAAUGGGCAGGAAUGGCUAAAGAGCUGAUAAUUGACUAUCCCUCCUUCGACGAAGACAUUACUGAUAUGAGCGCCGUACUGGCCAGACUGGAACAUGCCCCUUCUUGGAAUCUCAGAGACGAACUGUUGGAGCCAGAACGCACUAGCAAUUUAAUUAUGUCAGAGUACUCCCAGCCGCUAGUCACGGCUGUUCAGGUGGCAUUAGUGAACCUUCUCCGUCAAUGGGGCAUUCGGCCUGAUGCAGUAGUUGGUCACUCCGGUGGAGAGAUCGCAGCCGCUUACGCUUCAAAGGCGAUCACAGCCGGGGAGGCAAUAAUAAUCGCAUAUUACCGUGGGUACCUGACCAAAGGAUACCCACGACCGGGUGGGAUGGCCGCCAUAGGGCUUGGCUAUAAGGAAGUCGCCCACUAUUUGACUCAAGGGAUCGUGAUAGCGUGCGAAAAUAGCCCGCAGAGUAUUACGCUAUCAGGGGAUCUUGAUGUCUUGGAAAAGGCCUGUGAAGCAAUCAAGAGAGACAAUCCGGGGUGUUUCGUUCGUAGGUUGAAUGUGGAGAUGGGGUAUCAUUCUCACCAUAUCCUGGAUAUUGGCGAAUCCAUUGAGUCCUUCCUGUGCCAGAAUGUCCACAGCAAGGCUCCUGUAGUGCCCUUUUUCUCGAGUGUCUACGAAAAGAGAAUAGAAGGGCCAGGUCGUUUAGAUGCGGGCUACUGGCGAGAAAACGCGGAAAAGCCGGUCCUGUUCUAUGGUGCUGUCAAGCAUUUGAUGGACAGUGAAGGAUCCACCGAGCAUCUUUUCCUCGAGAUGGGUCCACAUAGUGCCCUCAAAGGGCCGCUCCGACAGAUUUCCCAAGAAGCUAACCGGUCUAAAGACAUUUACCUCGCAGCCAUGACCAAAGGUAAGGACUGUACCGAAUCCAUACUUCACAUGGUCGGGGAGCUAUACUUGAACAAUGUAUCAUUGGAUUUCCAGAAGAUCUGCCCAGCAAGGCGCUUGCUCACUAACUUGCCACUAUACCAGUGGCACCAUGAGCAUGAGUAUUGGUCUGAAAGCAGAAUGUGCAAAGAGUGGAGGUCCCGUGAAUUUCCUCACCACGAAUUACUGGGCUCUCGCACCCUGGAGGGCAACGACCUACGACCCGAAUGGCGCAACAUGCUUCGUUUAGAAGACGUGCCAUGGCUUCGAGAUCAUCGAAUUAUCAAUGAUACCGUAUUCCCCUGUGCAGGCUACCUUGCAAUGGCAGUGGAGGCCAUGCGACAGAUCUCCUCAGACGACCGUUGCGGCUUCCGGGAUGUCAUGGUGCACACAGCAUUAAUAUUGAAUGAGUCCAAGACAGUUGAGAUGAUCACGAAUCUACACCCUAUCCGGCUUACCACUAUGUUGGACUCUGACUGGUGGGAAUUCAGCAUAAUCUCGUUCAACGAGACUGCCUGGAUCAAGCACUGUGUAGGCCAGAUCCGAGCGGGGGCCACGCAUCCUACCUCAAUACCGCCCCCUUCCCAGUAUCCCCGGUCAGCCAACGGCCUGUAUGCAAUGAUGAAGAGAAUCGGUCUUAACUAUGGCCCAUGUUUCCAAGGUUUGACUGGAGUGACUUGUCUACCGGGUAAGAACGUGGCUUCUGCCAGGCUAGUGGCAACUACGGUAUCUGAAUCACCCUACGUCGUUCACCCAACAACCAUAGAUCACUGUCUGCAACUGUUGGUUCCAGCAAGUUGUGACGGUAUUUACCGUCGCAUAUCCCAUUUAUGUGUUCCAACAAGGAUUGAGCAAAUCUAUAUCAGUAGCAGCAGGAGUCUCACGGAUGCGGUAGUCGAUGCUGCUGCCACAACUAGCUCUACCAGUGCGAUUUCCGGAAAAGUGGUAGCGAAGUCCGAAAAAGGCAUUUUUCUGUCUCUAGCGGGAGUCAGAUAUUCCCCUUUGGAAAGAAAUUCAAUAGCGGACAAGCCUGAUACGAUCGGGGCAGCUAAAUUACACUGGAAGCCCCACAUUCAACUGAACAUGAUACAUUUCAUGAUCAAAACCAGUGAGGGCUCAAGAAAAGGCUCAACAAACCUUGAACGACUGGAAAAACUGGCACUUCUGUGUAUGGUUGAGAUAGGCCAUCGGACAUUCCAUCUGGACUGUGACAUCAAGCACCUACAGAAGUUCCGCUCGUGGAUUGGGCUCCAAAUAGUUAGGGCAUGGAACAACAAGUACGAUUUGCUUCCAAAUGCAGAGGAGAUGUUGUUUCACAGCACUGAUGCCCGGCUCGCAUUGAUUCACGAGUUGAAAUACUUCGUGUCGCAAACCGACGCUGGAAUCGUAGCCGAGCUCAUCACCAGGAUUCUAGAUAAUUGCAUUGCUCUCACCCAGGGGCAAGUGGACAGUCUUGAAUUACUCCAAGCAGACAACGGACUUGGCAAGUAUUAUGAUUUCGCCGAGUCUAGAACAAACUCAGUCAAGUUCUUCGCUUCUGCGGGCCAUACAAAUCCCACCUUGAGGGUGCUCGAGAUUGGGGCUGGCACCGGAAGCGUCACGGCAACGGCCCUGCGAGGUCUAACCACAUCCUCUGGCCUGGAGUGA